AUGAUCACUCUUGUGGGGAAAGGUGUACGAAGACUCAUAGCGAUGGCAGUACUUUCCCUCAUUGCCAUAUUCAUCAAUCAUCAGUUCAGAUACGCAGACGGCUUUACCCUCACCAGUGAGCUGCCGGAGUCGAUAAAUAUAAUCGCCGGAUGCACUACCAAUCCCCUCGAACCCCUUAACGAGUCCAGUCUCUUUGUUGACUCAAGAAUACCGAAUGUCGUUCAUCAAUUAUGGAAAACGGACAAUGUCCGGACAUACUCGACAGAAAUAGAAGCGUCCCUCGACUCGUGGAAGACCAUGUUUGAACCUCUGAACUACACAAUCAAGCUCUGGACAGACGACGAUAUCCUCCAACUUGUUAAAGGCAAAUACUCUUGGAUUCUGACGACGUACGAGACAUACCCCCAGAAUAUCCAGCGUGCCGACAUCGCCAGGUUGCUCGUUAUCCACGCAGAAGGUGGAAUCUACGCAGACUUAGACGUGUACCCAACCUCGGCUCAUCAAAUACAAUGCCUCCAACAUCUCGGCCUACAGGCCAUAUUUGCUUCCACAGAGAGCACACUCGGGCUAAGCAACCAUUUCUUCAUGGCUCAGCGUGGGUCCCCGUUCCUACAAUGGGCGCUAUACGAGGCCAAGCGACGCGGCGUGGCGUCCCGGCAUAUCUUCGUGCCGUACCUACAGGUAUUUUGGUCUACGGGGCCGAUGAUGGUAACAGAGGCAUUUCGAAAGUACGCAUGGCUGUACGGCACGCUUCGGCACGAUAUGGGCUUGUUAGAGAAUGGAUACUCAAGGGUGUAUCAGGACUCGUCUACGCCACCAGGAGACGCUGUUUAG